AUGGCGAACCUCAGAGCAGCCUGCAGAGCGCCUUUGCGCCAGCUCACCUCUCGCUCCACAGCCUCAAUUGCCACCAACCAUGCAAGAAUACAGACACAACAAUGGCGGGGCUAUGCGACAAGUAUGGAUGCGCAACAAAAGAUUCUCUCCCAAGAUCUUGAACAAGCCGAUCCCACCGUCUAUCAGAUCAUCAACAGGGAGAAGAAUCGCCAGAAGCACUUCAUAAACCUCAUCCCCUCGGAGAACUUCACAUCCCAAGCUGUGCUCGAUGCGCUCGGCAGUGUGAUGCAGAACAAGUACUCGGAAGGAUACCCAGGCGCACGAUACUACGGAGGAAACGAGCACAUUGACGAGGCCGAGCGCCUAUGUCAGCAAAGAGCACUCAAAGCAUUCGGUUUGAGCCCUGACGAGUGGGGUGUCAACGUCCAGCCCCUCUCCGGAUCACCCGCAAACCUCUACGCCUACUCCGCCGUCCUCAACACCCACGACCGUAUCCUCAGUCUCGAUCUGCCCCAUGGCGGCCAUCUAUCGCACGGAUACCAAACACCCACCAAGAAGAUCUCCGCCGUAUCCAAAUACUACGAGACCCUCCCAUACAGGCUGAAUGAGAAGACUGGCAUCAUCGACUAUGAGAAGAUGUCAGAGCUGGCUCACCUAUACAGGCCAAAGGUCAUCGUUGCGGGCACAUCAGCAUACAGUCGGUUGAUCGAGUACGAGCGCAUGCGAAAGCUGGCAGACGAUGUUGGCGCAUACCUCCUCUCCGAUAUGGCUCACAUUUCAGGUCUUGUUGCCGCCGGCGUUAUCCCAUCUCCGUUCCCCCACUCCGAUAUCGUUACCACCACAACACACAAGUCGCUGCGAGGCCCGCGAGGCGCCAUGAUCUUCUACCGCAAGGGUGUACGGAAGGUUGACAAGAAGGGCAAGGAGGAGAUGUACGACUUGGAGGGCCCCAUCAACGCAUCCGUGUUCCCAGGCCACCAGGGAGGACCCCACAACCACACCAUCACUGCUCUGGCUGUAGCUCUGCAACAAGCCUCAACCAAAGAGUUCAAGGACUACCAACAACAGGUUCUGGACAAUGCAAAGUCUCUCGCGCAGCGUCUUGGCGACUCAAAGGAGAACGGCGGUCUUGGCUACAACAUCGUCUCAGGCGGCACUGACAACCAUCUUGUCCUUGUCGAUUUGAAGGACCGCGGCGUAGACGGCGCACGAGUAGAGCGCAUCCUCGAGCUUGUAGGCGUCGCGUCGAACAAGAACACUGUUCCCGGUGACAAGUCUGCCAUGAAGCCCGGUGGUCUGCGUCUCGGAACUCCCGCCAUGACAACUCGUGGCUUCCAGACCGAGGACUUCAAGCGUGUGGCUGACGUCGUGCACCGCGCCGUUGGAAUCACUCAAAAGCUCGACAAAGAUGCUAAGAAGAAGGCCGAAGACACCGGUCGCAAGAACCCCGCCAGUGUAGCCGCGUUCAAGGAGUACGUUGGUGAAGGCGAGGACAUCACCGAGAUCAUCGAACUCAAGAAGGAGGUCGAGGACUGGGUUUCUACAUUUGCGCUACCUUGGGACAAGGCGCAAUGA